CUUAAGUGUGUGAGUAUUUUUCACGAUUCAUAUCGCGUAUGUGUACAACUAACGAUUAGGUCACCUUAUAUAAGAGAUAGAGCCUAAGGUUUUGUCACAUUUCGGAUCUAAAUAGGAAGAGAUGGCAUCUAACAAUAUAUUAGGGUUGAUUGGUAUUUGUGUUGUUGCUGUACUAGUUACUUGUGACAGGGAUGAUACUCCGGAAAUCUCUCUCCGGAAGCAGGUGCAGACACUACAGGCAGCUCUCCAAAGUCACAUUCACCAGCAAGACACAAAGAUCGCACACUUGGAAAAACGUAUUCAAGGACUUGAAGCUGAAAACCACGAACUAAAACAUCAGAACACGUUACAUAAAAGAAGACAACAGAAGAGAGUUUCAGGCCUAGGAGAAGCAAAUUACAGCGUUGGUUUCUCGGCUUUCUUGUCAAAAACCACUGCCCUAGGUGAACACCAAAUCAUAGUGUUCGACAAUGCUACAACUAACGAUGGCAAUGGCUAUGAUACGAGACAUGGUCACUUCACCGCCCCUAUUCCAGGUCUGUAUGCCUUCUCCGCAACCGCUAUGUGUUAUGGAAGCGAAGCACAUCUCCACGUUGCGAUCAUCAAAGAAGGCCAGAAGAUAGCCUACAUCUUUGCAAACGGUAACCAUUAUGAUAAUGGGAGUGAAUUUGUGGUUGUACAACUCCAGGCCGGGCAGAUGGUUUGGGUAGAACACACAAACGACGUGACUGGAGUCAAGAUAAACGGCGACGCAUACAGUACCUUCUCCGGGUUCCUAAUCAAACCUUAUUAAACUCGUUGGCUACUGUCCAUUUCUUGUU